AUGAAGUCCAUCUUUGCCUUGUUGUUUGUGCUUUGCGCAUCCUUGACGACUCAAGCGUCUGUUAUCCGUCGUGAUGCGACCGCUCCUGCUAUAGUCGCCCGUGAAAUAGCUGACACUACGUAUAUCCGUAUGACUGCCCUUCCUGUGGUGCUUCUAAGCUCAUUCAAAUGGACCACAGGUGCCAAUGCCGAUAUUGAGAAGCGUAGCUUCUUGGCCAACGAGGCAGAGCCUUCCAAGGACGAAGAUGAGAAUUAG